UUUCCAGGCGGUUUCUAUCAAGACGAGUUCGCCUAUGCAGGGAAAUCAACAUACGGUGUAGGGUGUAAACUUUGUCCGUUAGGUCACUAUGUAUCACAACAUGCUGCCCCAGGAAAGGCGACAACAGAUUGUAUCUUAUGUCCACAAGGCAAGUGAAAUUAAGAAAUGGCUUUAGCACUUAUUCGGCAAGUUUGAUGGAAAUGGUCCUUCACAUAACUAAUAAACAAUCUGUUAUGCAGGCGGUUUCAGCAUUUGAGUUUUGGGAAAGAAUCUCUGGAGACAGGGUAAAUGCCAUUUAGAAACCCUCUGUCUUUGUUCCUAAAAGAAUCCGGUAUUUUUAAAUUAGAGCCAAAUUCAUAACGUCGACGUCUCUAAAACCCUACGUUUUGGCUACCCAGAUAAAAUACGAGAAGAGCCCCCACGAAACUACUCCGCAAAGAGCUCCUACAUAAAACUACUCCGGAUUGAAAAACGUAUACGAACAUCUUUCCCCAAAAUUACCUGGUUAAUAUAUACCGUUCUAGAGGAGCGGGAUUAAGAGGUUACAUACCGAAGUUCUCGGCUCACUUCCGUUGUAAACUUCAAGAGUGGAAUCAUUCGAGUAUACGUGCUCGAUUAAAGGACUAUGAAUCCAGUACAGUUAGACAAAAUCAUUUCGAUGCAUUUGGUGACAAGAGACAAAUUGGAAAAGCUGCAGUUGGCUUCCUUAACUAUAAGACCCAUACAGAAAUGAUGACACAUUAUAACCUCAAUCAACAAUCAGCAAUCAACAGUACGUAUUUAAACUGAAUAUGGUAGGGAGAUUGGUAUUGGAAAAAAUUGUUAGUCAUACCCAGAAACGUUGAGGGUGAUUCUGAUUUUACUAUUACUCUCUUUUACAGGAACGGUAUAUUCAGAAUAUGCUGGUUUUAAGGGAUGCGAGUGUCUUCCCAAUUAUUAUCGGCUAGAUCGAUUCGGUGCUUGUAAACGAUGUCCUUUACGAGGACUAACUUGCCAAAACGAAACAGUGUCGCUUCAGCCUGGCUUCUUCUGGAAAUGGUCGUCAAAUGAAAGUCUUGGUAACUACCAAAAGUUCUCAGCCGAUCUUUUAAUAACGGACAGUUCAUACCAACAGCCACGAUUUCAAGGAACAGUACCACAGGUAUACCUGUGUCCAUUGUCUAAAGCAUGUCUUGGAGGUAUGGAAUCGAAGUGCUCUAAUGGAUAUGGUGGUCCCCUCUGCGCCGUGUGCAGCAAAGGGUAUUACCAGUUGUUGAACCAUUGCCGCAAAUGCCCUGAAACAUUGUGGUUUAUUAUACAACUGUGUGGAAUUGGUAUUGUUAUAGCCAUUCUGACUGCAAGCAUCGUUCUGGCAAGAAAGAGAAGAUGUCCUUCUGGAAGGACGAUGAGCGAUAUGAUACUCGCUCGUCUAAAAAUUGUCAUUGGUUUUUAUCAAGUCACUUCCAGUACCUUGAACACUUUUUCGUACGUGGAAUGGCCCGGUGCGCUGUUAACAGUAGUGCAAUACGCCAAUAUUGUACAGUUAAACCUCUUGCAGAUUAUUCCUUUACAGUGCUUUGUAGACAACGUAACGAUGAAUGCCUACACGAGAUUUCUUGUUAUUAUGGGUUUAAACAUUUCGGUGAUACUCUUAGCGAUGUUAGUUUACCAGCUUCGAAAACUUGUGCUAAUCAACAAUACGUCUCUUAGCAGAGAUGAAUUGGACGAAGCUCUUUCGUACAGCAAAACGCAGAUCUAUCGAGUCGUCUGUCUCGUGAUUUUUGUCGCCUACCCUUGGACAUGCGAAGCCAUUUUGCAUCUUUUGUCCUGCCAGGAGAUUUGUUCCACCGGCCAAAGAGAUUCAUGUCGGUACUUUCUUCGCGCUGAUUUCACUGUUCAAUGCUUCACCAGUCAGUACAACAAGUACAUAAUACUAGCUUACACAUCGCUUGCCGUGUUCAUAGCCUUGCCGGCGGUUACCCUAUUCCUGCUAUGGAAGUAUCACUACAAAAAGAUCUUUCCAGAAGGGCAAACCAAAAGUUACCAUGGAAACGAAAUAUCCAUUGGUCUCAGUUUCCUCUAUGAAAACUAUUCCCCAAGGUGUUGGUUCUGGGAACUCAUCGAAGUUUCGAGAAGGGUUUGGCUGACUUUGACGAUUUUUCUUCUUGAAGCAGAAACGCGAAGCCAUCUUGGCGUAGCAGCGAUUACGUCCGGAAUAUAUUGCAUUCUGGUAGCUUACUACAAGCCCAUCAGUGAUAAACUCGAGCACUGGCUGCAAUUGAUCUCACUUCUCGCCACGUUUGUGACCAUGAAUGUUGGAAUGCUCCUAAAAAUACCAGCGGAGGAAGCGUAUUCGAAUGGCCUGGUUCAACUGAGAGACUCUAUGUUUGUUUCGGUGGUCCUAGUAGCGGUGAACGUCACCGUCGUUGGACUUAUAGUAGGUAAGCAAAAAUACAGUACAAUAAACGCUUAAUGACUAGUUCAGAGGGAAACAGCAAGUAUUUGAUUCGAGGGAAACAAAAACGAUCAGCUUCCCGAAGUGAUUAAGUGAUUUGUUAUAUAGCCCACUUUGAGCAACCUCAACGAGCACAAAUCUAUGAAACUCUCCGCGAUAUUCGCGGGUUUAAGUGCUUUCAUCAUUAGGAAUCUUGCGAAUCUACGACGGCGACGGCGACGGCAACGGGAACGUCAAAAAAGCAAUAGGUUUAAUGAGCAAUUUAACAACUCCGCACGUGCAUUACGUUUUUUUGUAAAUUUCUUUGCCGUCUCUGCACAACUGGAGCUAACUGGCACGUGAAGUGACCAAAUUUUAAGUUUACCUGAGAACGGAAACGGCAAGGCGAUAAAUUCUACCAUCUCUGUCUGAACUCGGGCGCUACCCCCGGCGGCUUCAGCUCCAAGCUAAAAGCUUAAUCCCCUUCUUUUAAGUAACAGGGUGACUUGAGAUAAUCGCGAAAUAGUUUGAAAGGAUGAGAAGUCUAUUUUUCAGGCACGUCUUAAUGGACGUCGCCGUUGUCGGAUCUUAAGGUCCCUAAUUACGACGGCGACGGCUACGAAAAAGUCAGAAAAGCAAAACAACAAACUUUGCAUAUCAUAAUUUGCACCUACAUCACACUAUUUAGUCAGUAUAUUUCUUUGCCAUCAUUGGAUUACGACGUAAAAUCAGUUCCGUUUGAAAAACUUGCAACUCGUGUUUUAUCAAGUUAAAAAUACUCCUGCUGAUUAACAGUUGCAGUUGCAACGCGUUUUCUCUAUUUAUCUCUAUUUUAGUGCACUGUACAGUUACCUUGAUCAAAGCAGUUAAUCAACUGAGAAAAAACACACACUGUGGCGUCCAGUGUUGCGUUGCGUUCAUGACUCAGAUGCUUGGAGCUGGAGAACACGAUGCUGACUUUGAGCCAGGAGAGAUUUCGAAUGCAACUGUAUUCCAACCUACUUAA